AUGUUACUUCCCAGCCAUAAAGGCCUUAUCAACAGACGGAGAGAGAGAGAUUUAAAUAACCUUUUUGGAAUCCACAAGGAGCCGGUGAUAGAAAGCCAGGCCCUGCUCCAAAACCCAGUGAUUCUUGUUCACGUGAAGAAGGUAAAUAGGUUCGUUGGAUUUGGAGUCCUUGGGGCCAAGCCUCAAGGGCAGAUAGGUGUUGCAGGAAUUGAAAGAGAGGAAAACUAUUGGGCGGGUAUAAGUAUUUGCAAGAAUUGGACCAUGCAACAACUUGCUGAGACACUUCCCAGGAGGAACACUAGAUUGGGUGCCAUCUACUGUUAG